GAGAUGGAUUUCGCCGCCCACGGCACGGGAGCCCGGGCGCCCCUUGGGUUGUGUCCGGCUGCCUGCCGGUUGGCCCCUCGCGGACACGCCUUUUCGCCGCAGAAUCUCUCUGGAGCCUCCGGCGUGUAGAGCGCAACCGUGGAGGAGCGGUUACAUAUACCCUGAGCAAACCGUGGAGCGGUUGCACGUACCCUGGGCGCGCGGUGUCCGGCGUCGUCUUGGUCUUGGCGAUCCUCGCGAACUUCUUCGUAGCCGUCCUAGCGGAAGAGCAAGGUCGGGGGCGCAAUGGCCGCGGAUCCGAGCUUCGUCGUCGGGAUCAUAGGGAACGUGAUCUCCAUCCUCGUGUUCGCGUCGCCGAUCGCGACGUUCCGGCGGAUCGUGAGGAACGGGAGCACGGAGGACUUCCGGUGGCUGCCCUACGUCACCACCCUGCUCAGCACCUCGCUCUGGACCUUCUACGGCCUGCUCAAGCCCGGCGGCCUCCUCGUCGUCACCGUCAACGGCGCCGGCGCCGCGCUCGAGGCCGCCUACGUCACGCUCUACCUCAUCUACGCGCCCAGGGAGACCAAGGCGAAGAUGGUGAAGCUGGUGCUGGCCGUGAACGUCGGCUUCCUCGCGGCGGUCGUCGCGGUGACGCUGGCGGCGCUGCACGGCCGCGUCCGGCUGCUCGCCGUGGGGGUGCUGUGCGCCGCGCUCACCAUCGGGAUGUACGCCGCACCGCUGGGCGCAAUGCGGACAGUGGUGAAGACCCAGAGCGUGGAGUACAUGCCCUUCUCCCUCUCCUUCUUCCUCUUCCUCAACGGCGGCGUCUGGAGCGUCUACUCCGUGCUCGUCAAGGACUACUUCAUCGGCAUCCCCAACGCCAUCGGCUUCAUCCUGGGCACGGCGCAGCUGGGGCUGUACAUGGCGUACCGGAAGGCGACGCCGCCGCCGCGCAAGGAGGACGACGGAGACAGCGACGUCGAGGCGGGGGACGAGGAGGAAGGGCUGGCGCAGCUGGUGACGGGGCAGGUGGAGAUGGCGCAGCGGCGGGGGCGGCUGCACAAGGGGCUCAGCCUGCCCAAGCCGUCGGGCGCGCCGCAGCCGCCGCCGCGGGACGGGCUCGGGGGCAUCAUCAAGUCCCCGUCCGCCACCCCCGCCGAGCUGCACUCCGUCCUGCACCAGCACGGCCACGGCCACGGCCACGGGCGCGGCCACGGCCGGUUCGAGCCUGUCAAGAAGGACGACGACGUCGAGGCGGGCCAGUGAUGUCGUCGGCGGUGGUGCCGGCGUUUCUGUGUGCGCAGAGGACGGGAACCGAAUGGCCAGCGUGUGUGUGUGUAUAGUAAUUCCCUGGAGAAAUUCAGAUCAGUAGCUGUUGGAAUGGAGUGAAUUCGGGUGUCGUGAAUUCGGCCAGCACAUGAGAACUAUUAUUCUCCAGCAGCUCAAUUAGUUUCUUUGCCUCAGCUGGAAAUUCGGCCAGCACAUGAGAACUAUUAUUCCUCAAUCCUGACUUCUUGUUAUUUAUUUUUUCAAAAAGUCUCGUAUGCACAGCAGCCUGGGCCUAUUGCAAUGCCUGGGCCGUCGCUAGGCGUGCGUGACAUGGCCCGCUGAUCUAACUUUGAUUUUGAGCCCAUGGAGAUCGGAGAUA